AGAGCCGAACCUCUCCUCAUCAUCCGAAACGUACAUCAGGCUGUCAAGGUACCAACCCUCGCCCAAGGCAAAUUCAAUGGCUUCCUCUUUACGUGCUUUGUCGGUAUCCCGGAAACUGGUCCAAACGACAAGUCCCCGUUUGCUGUCUACGUCUAGCGUACUCCGCAACGAUGCUACUUCAACGCCAAACCUAGGAUCCGUACAGGCUCAGAAGAAACCUAUUGGUGGUUUCCGUGGCGGAGUCAUUGGUUUUUUGUUUGGGUUUUCACUGGCGUCUGCCUUUGCUGCCUAUCAUCUCCUGGACGAAUACAAGCAAGCCUCAGCAGCACUGCAAGCUAGCGUCGAAGAGUUGCAAGCCAGUACUGAAAAGGUAUCUGCCCAUGUAAGGAGAAUAGAGGCUGUGGAGAAAGACCUCAAAGCUCUUUCUCAAUCCUCGGCCGGUAACGAGGAUCUUUCAAGGGUUCGUGCAGAACUGAAGAAACUCUAUGAUGGCCUCCACGUUGAAUUCCUUGACCUACGCUCACAUGUAUGGGGUAUCCAGCAAGAUGUACAUGCCCUAUCCAAAAAAGAAGCUACGACUGUUCGUAUAUAGAAUGGAACAUAUCCUUGGAUGUAGUUGCUUAUAGAAAUGGACUUUUCUUUUGAGA